UUCAUACUUCAUAGUUCAUACACCUUGAUAUAAAAGUUCCUACUUUCAUCGUCUUCUUCAACUCCCUCUCUUUUAUUCUUCCAUUUCUGUAACCAAGAUACAAUCUUUCUUCAUUUUUCUUGAACUUUUCAUCAAAUCUUGGUUUCCUGAAAAACAGCCAUUUCAAGUUACUCACCAAAUCAUCAUUUACAAGAUCUCCUUUGCUUAAAGAUGGGCAAUUGUUGUGCUGUACCAUCAACUACUGAUGAGUCUGAGUACAAAAAAGGGAAAAAUAAACCAAAUCCAUUUGCUUUAGAUAAUGGUGGAUCAGCUCCAUCAAAUGGAUAUAGACCAUUAACAUAUGUGUUAGAAGAUCCAACUGGGACUCAAAUAGAAGAAACUUAUGUUCUUGGUAAAGAAUUAGGUAGAGGUGAAUUUGGUGUUACUUAUUUAUGUACCGAUAAAACAAGCGGUGAAGUUUUCGCUUGUAAAUCCAUAUCAAAAAAGAAGUUAAGAACUAGAGUUGAUAUUGAAGAUGUUAGGAGAGAAGUUGAGAUCAUGAAACAUAUGCCAACUCAUCCUAAUAUUGUAACUUUGAAAGAUACUUAUGAAGAUGAUAAUGCUGUUCAUUUGGUUAUGGAGUUGUGUGAGGGCGGUGAAUUGUUUGACCGAAUCGUUGCUCGAGGUCAUUAUACCGAGAGGGCGGCUGCCGGUGUUACUCGUACCAUUGUCGAGGUUAUUCAGAUUUGUCACAAACAUGGUGUUAUGCACCGUGAUCUUAAACCCGAAAACUUUUUGUACGCAAACAAGAAAGAAACAGCGGCCUUGAAGGCUAUUGAUUUUGGGUUGUCUGUUUUCUUCAAACCAGGUGAGAGAUUCAACGAGAUUGUAGGCAGUCCAUACUACAUGGCUCCUGAGGUCCUAAAACGAAACUAUGGCCCAGAAGUUGAUGUCUGGAGUGCUGGUGUUAUCCUCUACAUAUUGCUUUGUGGAGUCCCUCCAUUUUGGGCAGAAACUGAGCAAGGUGUUGCACAGGCAAUUAUUCGAUCUGUUGUAGAUUUUAAAAGGGAUCCUUGGCCAAAGGUAUCUGAUACUGCAAAGGAUCUUGUCAAGAAGAUGCUUAAUCCUGACCCAAAGUUGCGUCUUACUGCCCAAGAAGUUCUUGAUCAUCCAUGGAUACAAAAUGCCAAAAAGGCCCCAAAUGUUUCAUUAGGUGAAACCGUUAAAGCGAGACUCAAGCAGUUUUCUGUAAUGAACAAGCUUAAGAAGAGGGCUUUAAGGGUGAUUGCUGAACAUUUAUCAGCAGAGGAAGUGGCACGAAUAAAGCAAGGAUUUGAUAUGAUGGAUACUAGCAAACAAGGGAAAAUUAACAUUGUUGAGUUGAAAGCAGGGAUGCAGAAGCUUGGACAACAAAUGCCGGAUGCAGACCUUCAGAUACUUAUGGAUGCUGGAGACGUUGAUAAAGAUGGGUAUUUAAACUAUGGAGAAUUCGUUGCAAUUUCCGUUCACCUUAGAAAGUUGGGUAAUGAUGAUCAUCUUAAAGAUGCUUUUGCAUUUUUUGAUCAAAAUAAAAGUGGAUACAUAGAGAUUGAUGAGCUAAGGGAAGCUUUAGCAGAUGAAGUUGAAACCAACAAUGAAGAAGUCAUUGCAGCCAUUAUUCAUGAUGUCGACACAGACAAGGAUGGAAAAAUAAGUUUUGAGGAGUUCACAGCAAUGAUGAAAGCAGGAACGGAUUGGAGGAAAGCAUCUAGACAAUACUCACGAGAGCGUUACAAUAAUCUUAGCUUGAAGUUGUUCAGAGACGGAUCAAUUCGCGUAGCUGACAAGUAGGGGAAGAUAAACACAGAUUUCCGGUAAUUAACCACAGUUAUAUGUCCUUAUACAUGAGCAUUUUCGAUUCUUGUAAUAUUUUGUUGGGGGUUUAUUCAUUUUAUUUUUACAUAUGCGAUGGUAUCUCUGUAAGUCUGAAGUUUCGCAUGUGUUUAUUAUGUUUAUUUUCAUGGGUUAAAUCUAAGAGGGAGUAAAGAAAGGUUUUACGGGCUUGUGUUUUUAUGGCUGUAAAUAUGUAUCAUGUUGGGCAAAUGUUGCUUAUGUAAUGUAAUUGUUCAAAUUACAAAAUAUUUAAGUUACGAUAAUGUGUUUGUUUUCUGAGAUUA